AUGAGAAGGAAGAAUUGGAGGCCUGAAGUAUAAAAUAUAUAUUCUUAUAAAACAAGGAAGAUAGAGCUUUGCUUGAAAUAUGCAAGACUUAAAAUUAUAAUUGGAGAAGAGUUUCAAAAUAAAUGAUUUCUAUGGGUUAUAAAAGAUCAGGUAAAUCAUGUAAAGAGAGAUUUCAUAAUUAAUUAAAUCCUUAUAUCAAUAAAGAUCAAUGGACUUAAUUUGAAGUUGAUAAACUAUUUGAAUUAUAAAACAAAUAUGGUAAUCGAUGGGUAAUUAUCUAAAAAAAUACUUAAAUAGAGGAUCAUUGCUAAAGAAUUGCCAUACAGAACAGAUGGUCUAAUUAAAAAUUAUUUUUAUUCUCUAGUAAGAAAGGUUCUCAGACGCCUUUCUAAAACAGUAAAUGGAACCAAAAAUGGUAAAUGUCAAAUUAAUAUAUCAGGAUCCUAAAUGACUAAGACUCUUAAACCUUCUGUUAUUUCUUAAAUAUUUUGUGUUAAUCAAAAUCAAAUAAAUGACGGACCUAUUUAAAUAGAAUUUGCUUAACUCUUUCGAAAUAUUAUUCUAAAAUACAAAAAUUAUAAUUUAUCUCAAUAAAUUGAUAUCGAAGACAUAGAUAAAAUUAAAUCCAUUUUUUAAACAUUACAACAAUUAAAGUAUAUUUUCAUUUCAUUUAGUGAAUCAUAUAAUGAUGAUCUAGAAAAGAAGAAUAACUCUAAAAGUAGAUCUAAGAGCUAAAAGCUAAAAAAUAAAUCAACUAAACUCAAUAUUGAUAAUGUAUAUCAAAUUUACUAUAUAUUCUAAUAGAUAAUUCUUAAAAAAAUAUAGCUUAACCAUCCAAUUUUUACAAUGAAAUCAUGUCCAUUGCCAAAACUAUAUUCAAAAUUUCAAUUUAAUCAUAAUACUUAUCAUCCUACAAAAAUUACUUAUUAAUCAAUUUCAUCUUUCACAUCCUAAAACAAAGAUUAAAAUAACUCUUUUGGGUCUAUUUUAAUUAAACCUGAAUAAUUAUUAUUUUUUUAACCACUUCCUUAACCAUAUUAUGUAUUUUUAUAAUAAAUUAUUAGCCCAUCAAUAUAAGCGCCUUCAUCUAACAAUAAUCAAGUAUUCACACCUAUUAUAGUUCUUACUUCCAUCCACCUCCUGAAAUUAAAGAAGAACAUGAAACAUGA